GAUUGUCAGUCAGGCAGACGCGGGGCAGCCAUUGCGAAGGACCCCGCCCUUCCGUCUGAUGCUAUGAGUGUCUGCGCUGUGUUUACGCACUAAUAAUAAUAAUAAUAAUUCUGUUUUCUGAUACUUUUAUUCAUUUCUAUCGAUAAAAAUGCCCUUGUUUGAAGGCUUGGGCAGUGGAGGGGAGAAGACAGCCGUAGUCGUUGAUUUAGGAGCGGCCUACACAAAAUGUGGUUUUGCCGGCGAGACGGGGCCGAGAUUCAUCAUUCCCAGUGAAGUUAAACGCGCCGGAUCUCCGGAGGACGAUAUUUGUCUAGUCUUCUUUAAGCACUUUGAGGUCCCAUCGGUCCUGUUUGCUCCGAGUCAUCUGAUGUCUGUCAUGACUCUGGGCAUCCAGUCUGCUCUCGUCAUGGACUGUGGAUAUACAGAGACGCUGGUGCUACCAAUCUAUGAAGGCGUUCCGAUCCUGUCUGCAUGGGAAGCUCUGCCGAUGGGAGGAAAAGCCAUUCAUAGGGAGCUGCACAGUCUGCUGAGUGAGCAAUGCACGCUAGACACCGACUCUGGCACUGGCCUCAGUCUGCCCACCGUCAUCAGCUCUAUUCCAGAGGAUGUCGUGGAGGAUAUCAAAGUGCGAGUGUGUUUCGUUAGUGACCUGCAGAGGGGCAUGAAGAUCCAGGAGGCCAAAUUUAACAUGGACGGAUCUGCUGAGAGACCAGCUCCUCCCCCAGAUGUGGAAUAUCCGUUGGGUGGCCGGAAGAUUCUGCAUAUCAAGGGAUCCAUCAGAGACUCUGUGGCCGAGAUGUUGUUUGAGCAGGAUAACGAGGAGAAAUCCAUCGCCACGCUGCUGCUGGACACUUUGGUGAAGUGUCCCAUCGACACUCGCAAGGUUCUGUCGGAGAACGUGGUGAUAAUCGGCGGUACGGCCAUGCUUCCCGGGUUCCUGCACCGACUGCUGUCUGAGAUCCGCUCACUGGUGGAGAAACCCAAGUACUGCGAUGCUCUGGCUACCAAGAGCUUCCGAAUCCACAGCCCACCCGCCAAACCCAACUGCACCGCUUGGUUAGGAGGUGCUAUAUUUGGAGCAUUGCAGGACAUUUUAGGGAGUCGCUCGGUGUCCAGAGAUUACUACAACCAGAUGGGUCGCAUACCAGACUGGUGUUGUCUCAGCACCCCACUACCGGAUUCAGUCUACGAGGCGGGAAAGACGCCUCCGCCUCUCAUGAAGAGGGCCUUCUCCACCGAGAAAUGAACUGGACACUUCAAAUUUAACCUCCUAUAAUCGAUGGGUCCUCGCCUGUAAUAGCCUAAAGUCUGUCAAAAUUAGUCAGCUAUACCUAAUUUGAAUAGUAGGUGAAACCGAAACCACUAGGGGUCAGUCAUCAUUGGCUCAUCGUGAAAGAGAGGGGAAAAUCUUUUCAAAUGCACUAAAUGGUUUCCAACGCAUGACAUGUAUCCAGCCUAAACCAUGGCAGUACUUGUGUAGUUUAGAUCAACUGCUUACUUGUUAUUAUUAUUUAAAUGUAUGCUUGAUCUUGCACCAUCAAAGACAGAUCAUGGAAGGCAUCUUGACCAUAGUGCCAAGAAACUACAUAAUAAUUCAAUUCUAUUUAACAACAACAAGCUUGAAGCGCUGAAUAUGUUGAAAAGUUUUAUGUAUGUAUUAUGUUUGUG